AUGUCGAAGCCGAGCCCACCCGACGCGGGAAUCCGAAGUGCGCUAUCCCUGCCGCCGCGAUGGCUGCACAUCUACGACGACUUCAUCGCCAAGAACGCCCACCAAGUCUCGCAAAUAGAGUCGGCCCUGCGGUCGCUGACAUACAUCAUUCCCGCAGGCCGCUUCCGUGAUGCCGAAAUCGCUUCCGAGUCAAUUCAUAGUGGCGUCCAGCUGCUCUCCCUCUACCACGAUACCCUCCUCCGGCGCGUGCUCGCGCUUUCGAAGCUGCCCACGGUCCCGGUUGCCCAGAUCCCCUCCCCGCACAGCCGCUACACGCGCUUCUGGACGCUCAAGAGCACUCUCUACCGGCGCGUCGCCUACCUGCUGCAGAUCGUCAACUAUGUCGAGCUGCUGUGCGAGAUGGCGGCCAAGCGCCGCGGCGAGCGCACCCGGUGGCGCGUCGUCAUCCUACUCGAGGCCAUCAAGGCCGUGUGCCGCCUACUGCUGCUGCGCAUAACCAAGUCGCGCCCGCUGGUGUCGCCUAUGCUCCCCGAGCGCGAGCCCGUCCCCGAGGAGCCAUCCGAGGAUGCCCAGGAUGAAGCCGAGUUGCGCGCCGCCCUCGAGGAGGACGACGUGGAUCGGAACGGGCUGCGUGCCUCCAACGGCUCCGCACAUCACAACGAUUGCCGACAGCAGAUACCACAAAAGGGACCCAACGGCGAGUGGGUCAUGCCGCGGACCGGCAUGUCCCUCCCGACCCUCCCCGCGCCGGGCGACAUCAGCGGGUACCUGCUGUCGCGGGUGCUGACGGCCGACGACAUCAAGCCGGCGACCAAUCUGCUCAACCAGCUGCAGGGGUCGGCGCACGUGGCCGAGGUGCUGCACAUCCUGACCCCGGUCAUAUACGCCGUGGCCAUGGCGCGCAGCCGUGACAAGCGCCGUGCGUGGUCGCCGUGGCUGCUAGGGCUGGGCGUCGAACUGGCGGCGCGGCAGCUACGCGACCGCGGCCUACGCACCACUCCGCUAGAGCGCGACGAGUGGAGCCGCCGCGGCUGGGCCAUGGGCUGGUGGGCCAUGCGCGGCGCCUUCUACGAGAACGUCACCAAGGGUGUCGUUGCUGGCGUGCGCCGCCGUAUGCCCAGCCUCGUCGGCGGCAUCCUCGAGGACUACGAGUACCUAUGGGAGAACUACUACUUUAGCACCGGCCCCUGA